CGUCGUUGUGCAGUUGGGUGGCUGGUGUGAGUCUGAGAUUCGCCACACGUGGGUGAGGGGCGAGAUGCCCAGCGGCCAUAGCCCGCGUCUCGCUCAGUCGCCGGUUCCAUCAACUUUUGGACACAGACGACUCGACGGGCGACCUCCAAUCCAAUCUAUCCACCCAACUCUUGCGCCCCCUCUUCACGAGACUUGCUCCUCUCGCCGCAUAUUGGGGCGAGGUCGCUGAAAUCAUCGGCCACCCAUACCCUCUAAAAGGGAGCUCUACUCGUCGCCGGCUACCUUCUUUACUCCAACUCCAACUAACGCCGCGAUCAUGGGUCUCUCACGCGAGGCUAGGAUCAUCACGCUCCUGGUCAUUGACUCGGCCUUUUUCUUCCUAGAAAUCAUCGUAGGCUAUGCCGUCGGAUCCCUGGCCUUGGUGGCCGAUUCAUUCCACAUGCUCAACGAUGUCAUGUCCCUCGUCGUCGCCCUGUAUGCUCUCAAGCUGAGCAAGAAGGACAGCACGAGCGACUCUCGCUACUCAUACGGGUGGCAGAGGGCUGAGAUCUUGGGUGCCCUCGUAAAUGGAGUUUUCCUACUCGCUCUGUGCUUCAGCAUCUUCAUGGAGGCAAUUGAACGAUUCGUCAACGUGACUGAGGUAUCCAACCCCCGCCUCGUCAUCAUCGUAGGCUCCCUCGGUCUCGCCUCGAACAUUGUCGGCCUCUUCCUCUUCCACGACCACGGCCACUCGCAUGGCGGUCACUCGCACUCCCACGGCUCCCACUCGCACGGCGCCGAGUCGCACGACCAUGCCCAUUCUCACGACAUUGAGCCCGCGCACGACUCAUCCGUUUCAGCCUCGGCCACUGCGAUCCCUUCCAACGGCAAGUCCAAGCAGCGCAGCUCCUCCGUCGACCAGGAGGUCGGCUCUCUGUAUGGUCAUCCGGCUCAAACACGCGCCUACGUCGUACAGACGGCGCAGGACAUGGGCUACGAGCGUCAGGGGAAGUCUGUGGCUAUUCAGGGGGGCGAGCGCGAUACGCUCAAUCCCGCUGCAUCCAGCUCCAACGGCUAUGGUACCAUGGACCGUGAUGUCGAGGCUGAUGCCGACGCGGCCAACGACGACCUGCCUAGCGCAGAGACGGCCAUCGCCCAUCGCCUCCCUGGCUCGAACAAGGCCAAGAAGGACCACUCGCACGGCGGUGCUGGCGGCCACUCUCACGGCGGCGGACAUGGUCACUCUCACGACGGCAGCAUGAACAUGCAGGGCGUCUUCCUCCACGUCCUUGGUGACGCUCUGGGCAACGUAGGUGUCAUCCUCGCCGGAGUAUUCAUUGCCACGACCUCCUACUGGUGGCGCUUCUACUCCGACCCGCUCAUCUCCUUCAUCAUCACGAUCAUCAUCUUCCACUCUGCCCUACCCCUCGUCAAGUCGGCUUCCUUCAUCCUCCUGCAGGGUGUACCCUCCGGCGUACCGCUCGAACAGGUCAAGGAGGCAAUGCACAAUGUUCGUGGAGUGUUGAGCGUGCACGAGCUGCACAUCUGGCAGCUCAGCGAGAGCAAGAUUGUUGCUUCGGUGCACGUGCUCGUGGACUGCUCGACUGGCCAGGAGCAGCGAUACAUGGAGAUUGCAGCCGACUUGCGUCGCCUCUUGCACGCAUACGGCAUCCACUCGUCGACUAUCCAGCCCGAGUUCGUGGCCGGUGGAAUGGCAGAGGCGGCUAGGAUCUCGGGCGUCGAGGUGGCAGAGACGGAUGGUGGCAAGGGUGGGUCGAGCGCACCCAAGACGGACUCGGAGGGGCGACUGAUGACCAAGGACGGUAGCCUCGUUGAGCACGCCCUUUCCAGGGCGCCUUCGAGCUGCUUGCUGGCCUGCGACGAGGAGUGCGGACCGGACGAGGCGUGCUGUCCUCCCCCUCCUCAGCAGCAGCAGGUGGCCAAGAGCGACGAUGGGCACAACCACGGUCACGAGGGCCACAACCACUAGAGCGGCGCGCGUGUGUGCGUGCAUUGCUGCCGACUAGAUCUCGGUAUCGCAGAACAUGUAGCAUGCUGGUCGCACUGAAGCGCGGUACGGGCGACCAGUCCACUUCAUCAUCUUUCAUUUCUCUCUUGGUCCUUUUGCUCGCUAGGUGCUCCUGCGCGCGUUGCUAAUCUUACACAGAUCGAAUCGUCAAAUGGGGGCCUUCAACAGGAGUGGUUUCAUUUCUCGCGCGCGCGCUUACGUCGAUGUGUAGCCGCCAUCCACAAUGAGGUCGCUCCCCGUCGUGUAUCGACUCGCAUCACUCGCCAAGUAGACGGCAGCCCCCUUGAGAUCCUCCGGCAUCCCCAUCUUGCCCAUUGGGAUCAUUCCCUC